AUGUCUGAUCGAGGCCGCUCACCUGCCGGCUCUGCGCCUGGCACCUCACCCCAAUCCCGCCAACCGUCUCGGUCAGGCUCUAGUCGAAGCCGAGCGGCUUCUCCAGCACAGACUUCAGGCUCCGGUGAUCCCAAGACCGGUUGGGCGCCUAGUAUGGGAUUCGACCCUGCAAAGCCACCAAGCAAGGAUCGAAAAGGCAAUACCCGCAUGGAACUGCCUCCAGAUGCUUUCAUCUCUAACGAGGAUCGCAAAGACAUGUUUGCUACUCGCGGGAAUAAAUUCAAUACUGAGGGUCGUGCGGAGAAGGUUGAAGUCAACCAAUUUCGUAUGACCAAGUUUGACUUCAGUAAGAAGAUAUAUCAGUAUGAUAUUGUUCUUUCCCCUGAGCCGGAGAAACGCGGACCGGUGAUGAAGAAGAUUUGGGCUCACCCAAGUCUUCGACAGGCGCUGUCUGCCUACAACUACCAAAUGUGGAUUAUCGACGGCUCUAGACUGGCAUGGUCUCCUUCUUUGGUGGAUCGCGGCGAGAUUCGCGUUAUUGUUGAUCUAGAUAAUGGCCAACCUGCAGCUCGUGCUGGCCGCUCCAACAAGUUUCACGUCAUUUUGCGCAAUACUACAGAGAUCCAGAUGGCCGUUCUCCGAGGAUAUUUGGAGAGAAGAAUGCAAUUCAAUAACAGCGUCCAGGAAGCACUCAACUUCAUGGACCACCUUAUUCGCCAAUGGCCAUCGGAGCAUUUGCUCGCCAUUAAGCGCAAUUUCUACAAAAAGAAUGAGCCUGGAAUUCCUCUCUUGCGUGAUGGCGUUAUUGAGGUUCACAAAGGAACGUACGCUUCGCUGAGACUAUCCAAUAAUCUUAGCAAUGGCGGUAUUGGUCUAGCUCUUAACGCAGAUGUUACUAACACCUGCUUUUGGACUGGCCGACAAACAUUGGAUCAGGUUAUGAUCAACUUUCUCGCCACUCUUGAUAGGCGUUACAAGGGAAUUAACCCGGCCACCACCACAAUCUUUAGGCCCUCACAAAAUAGUAGAGGAGAGUGGCAGUCCUCUGAUGCUUUUAAACAGCUUCGAAAGCUGCGAAAACUCAAGUUUACCAUCCGACACAACAAUCGGGACCCCAAACUUUCUGAGAAGGUAUACACGGUGGUGGACUUUUUAUUCGACCAGAAGUAUGGAGGAGAAGGCGCCAAUGCCAGAACUGUCACCUUCAACUACAACGGACGACAAUUAUCUGUUGCCGAUUACUACCGAGAGAAGUACAACGCUCACUUGCGAUUUGCGCAUCUUCCACUCAUCUCUACGGGCAAAAAUGGUCACAUCCCGAUGGAGUUCGCUUUUGUUGAACCGAUGCAGCGAUACGCAUUCAAGCUAAACCCCGAGCAAACUGCAGCAAUGAUCAAAAUUGCCGUCACUCGUCCAAAUGUUCGCAAGAAUGAUAUUAUGAAGAACGUCGGAGACCUUCAACUGCAAAGGGACCCUUAUCUCAAACAUUAUGGAAUUCAGUUGGAGCCUGCAUUUUCGAAGACAGAAGCUCGAGUUCUGAAUGCGCCUCUUGUUAGCUUCAGUCAAGGUGUAGCUGAUCCCAAAUUCUCUGGCCGUUGGGACUUACGUGGCAAAAAGUUCUUCAAGCAGAAUGUGGCACCUCUCAUGAACUGGGGAUUCUUGGUGAUGGACGACUGCGUCAACCCGAACCAACUUCAGCAAUUUGCUCGGAGUUUCAAAACAACUUUUAUGGGUCAUGGAGGCCUUUGCAAGACGGAUCCAGUCUUCGUUACCGUGCCCGGUAACAUCAAAACAAACGUCGCUCAAGCGCUUGCACAUGCGCACGACCAAAUUACGCGAGAGCGAGGUUAUACUCAACUCAUCUUUGUUGUUGUUCAGCACAAGAACAGCCCUCAUUACGAGCGUUUGAAGAAGUCUGCCGACUGCCGUUUUGGCAUUUUGACCCAGGUUGUGAAUGGAGCCUCUGUUGCGGCAAACAAUGGCCAGUACCACUCCAAUGUAUGCAUGAAAGUUAACGCAAAACUUGGUGGGUCGACAUCACGUACGAAUCCUCCGUGGAGACUAGCCCAAGGGGGCACCUAUUUCCCUAAAGAACGUCCUACAAUGGUCAUUGGAGUUGACAUCUCUCAUGCAGCUCCUGGUGGGCCCUCGCCUUCUGUGGCGGCUAUGACAAUGUCUGUUGACAGGGACGCAACCAAAUAUGCAGCCAUGGUUGAGACGAACGGUUAUCGAGUAGAAAUGCUCACCUCUGCCAACAUAAACUUUAUGUUCGGACACCUGAGUAAAGUGUGGAUGGGUGGUCAUGAUCGCCAAUUCCCCAAGCAUGUCAUGUAUUUCCGUGACGGCGUUGCAGAAGGCCAGUUUGCUCAUGUUAUGGAGCAAGAGAUUAAAGAGAUCAAGGCAUAUUUCAAACGAGCAGCUCCGGAUCAGCCACUACCUAAAUUCACCGUGAUUGUGGCCACCAAACGCCAUCAUAUUCGAUUUUUUCCGGAAAGGGGAGACCGAAAUGGCAACGCCUUGCCUGGCACUCUGGUCGAGAAAGAGGUGACUCACCCAUUCAUGUUCGAUUUCUAUUUGUGCUCGCAUGUAGCUAUUCAGGGAACUGCCAGACCCGUCCAUUAUCACGUUCUUCUCGAUGAGAUGAACAUUCCGGUCAACGAGCUACAGAAGAUGAUUUACCAUCAAUGUUAUUCCUAUGCCAGAUCAACAACACCAGUAUCGUUACAUCCAGCAGUAUACUAUGCUCAUCUCGCUGGUAGUCGAGCUCGUGCUCACGAGAAUAUUGCAACCAGCGAAGGUUUCCGAGCCGGUGCAAAGGGUCACGAGAUGAUUCGUGACAAAGUAGCCAAGGGCGAGUCACUCAGUGUCCCUCAACGGGGAAGUGAUGCUCCGGCUCUACUCCAACUUGGCGGUAGACCCGAGAAUGCUAAUAAUCCUGCCAAUGGAGAGAUGAGGCAGAGAGACUUCUUCCGAAGCACCAUGUGGUACAUCUAA